AAUCUAGUGCCACUGGAAUGAGAGUGCUUUGUUUACAGAAAGAAUAUGUUUCCCUUUUAUGAACUGACACGAAGCCGUUCACACCUUCGCCGCUGGUGACACGGUGCAGGGAUUCUCGGACUUGGGAAGCCGUUUCCAUCACAGGCGCUCGUUGGCCGUGCGCGGGAACAGAUCGCAGGCGGGGGUGUCAUAGGCUUGUUGGAGGGGGCUAUUCAUUCCGCUGUCAUAAGUAUGACAAAAGUAACAAAUCGCUGUGGAAGUUACUGUACUUUCGUAAAGAUUUUCUUUGUUUUCACGAUGGUGGUGAUUCUGCCAAUAAUUUCUGGUUGGAUUAUUUGAAAGUUGUGUGAGACGAGACAUAGGCAAGACAUUCAGGAGUGUAAGAAGAGCACGAUUAUUUUAGGCGUCAUGAGGAGGUGCAGGCGGAGAGUGGGACAGGCGUGCACGAGGGGCCGUCUGGCGGAGGGAGCGGUGAUGUCAUCAGCACUGAGCGGGGACAGGGACUGCCACUGAAAGACCCGGGUGUUGCGGCCGGUUGGCACAGACACGUUCCAGCGCAGGUGCCAGGCCGAGCCGUCGGACUGCUGGGGCAGGGGAGCAGGGGGACAGAUGGAUGCUCCCCAUGCACAGGUGGUGAUGGGUUUAAACACCAGCCAGGCUGCUGUAGCCCACUGCGUACUGGUCCAGCUGUUACGUACGAUUCCGCUUGCAGGAGAGGUUCAGGUACUUGCCUCAAGUGCACAAGUGCUAAAUCAUGAUCUGGCAACCUUCAGUUCUUUGAUUAGAGCAGGGCUAUUCAACUCUGCAUCUUGAUUCCAGAGCUCAGUCUUAAAUGCCUGGAACUAGGAAACAGGUGAAGCAAAAGAAUGUAACCUGGCUCCACCCUGCCCUGGAAGCCACACCCACCUUACAACAUCAGCGUGAGCAUGCUGCAGGAAUUUGGAAGGAAUGGCAUGCAGUAAUGACUCAGACAGCUAACACAUCCGACAGGGUCCCUUAAUUCACCCAUCUGUAAUAACCUCGGGAAAUACGGGAAAUUAAUCCUCUCUAUCAUUACUCAGAUAUUUUAGUCUUAGAAGAGACAAGAUCUAUGAACUUAAAGCCCUGCCUUAUCCACUGCAACCAGAAAACUCUUUGUUUAAAUGUAAAUACAGUACUGAAAUGCAGGUUCGCAUCUGGCUUCCUUCAGCGUAAUCUCAUUGUUUAUAAAGCGGUUUCUUCAAAUUACUGGAGACACUGCUUAAGUGCAUGGUUGGAUUUUUGUCUUAUCGAGUUUAUUUGAAGUUUGAUUUACUUAUAGGGUUUUUAUACCUGGUCCCACAAAGUUUUAUCAAAAAGAACCUUUUGAUACUUGGAAAAACAAGCACAACCUUGACCCGCAUCUAUAACUAUCAUUCAUCAUGAAUUGUUACGUAGAUUCACUCAUCAGCCGCUAGCAUCGCAUUCCCACUAAUAUUGUCCAUAUGUUCCAGACAGCUCCUUAUAACAUGAGAUUCAUUUGACAGUCACUCUGUUGAAAUUUUUUUUUAGCGUGAUUAAUAAAACAGGCUAUGAGAAUGCAAUUCAUUUAUAUGAGCUAAACGGCAGUUAGCAUUUUGGAUAAUUAGCUAAUUACCAAUAGAUUGCAUUCAGAGAAUUAUGUUUUUGCUUUGGCACAGUCAGCUUGCUAGUUAGUCAUUUUGUCUGUCCGUAUAUGUUUUUUGCGUCUCAAGCUUCUGAUAUUGAAAUGCAGGUUUUUAAAGUUAAAAAAAAUGUAAUUCAUUUGUAAUCUCAGCGAUGAAUUGGAUCGCGGUGUUAGCUACAUGAUAGUUUAGGGAGCACAAAAUGUACAGAAGAUAACAGGCUGCUGACAUCAACCUUAAAACUGAUUUUUGAUUUAAUCUGGAUUUUGAAUAUAUUCCUAUUAUUUUUGGUAUACUAUAAUCAUUGUGUACAAUGUGCACCUACACAGUUAUAAAGAAAACGAACAGUAUAAUGCACGGCGGGGGAGGAGGGGAGUGUAGUGCUGUGCUGGGUCCAGCACUCGAGAUGCUACAGCCCCCAUUGAAGGGCCUGAAAGGUGCCUUUGUCCCCCCGCUCUUCUUUACGGAAGACAAAGGAGACCACAGUUCACUUUCGGAAAGUGUCAGGGCGUCACAGUAAAUAAAUAGGACAUUUUACAAGAUCUGCUUUGCAUAUAGGGGCCUCAAGUUAAUCAGUACAUACAGAGGAUAGUGUCAUGGAGAGCGUUCCAGGUCAUGGGCUGAUUGACGCCACAACAAUGCAACAUUAAGGAAUUUCCCACUAGGAUGGAUGGAUGGAUAGAUAGAUAGAUAGAUAUCUGUCUGUCUGUCUGUAUUGUACUUGUUCUGUGCUUUGAAUGUAACUCACCAUGUGUCCAUCAAAUGCAGUCUGAUUAAUCGUAGAUUCCCUAAGUCCUCUUCCCUAACCCUAACCCUAAGUCCUCUUCCCUAACCCUAACCCUAAGUCCUCUUCCGUAACCCUAACCCUAACCCUAAGUCCUCUUCCCUAACCCUAACCCUAACCCUAAGUCCUCUUCCCUAACCCUAAUCCUAACCCUAACCCCAAGUCCUCUUCCCUAACCCUAAUCCUAACCCUAACCCUAACUCCUCUUCCCUAACCCUAACCCUAACCUCCUGUCCUUUUCAGUGGAUUAGUGGAUGCAACAUCCCAGGACACCCAUUCAUUAACUGUUGCUUCAAUUUAUUCAGUUUUUAAUGAUGGACAUUUAAGGUGCAUUUCUUUAAAAAAAAAAGAAUUCUGUGCCUCUUUUUUUGAGAGCAACAUAUUAUUACGAUUUUUAGCAUCUGUGCAUUUUCGUGCACACAUUUCAGUACAAAUAAGAGUCUCGAGAUAUUCCGGCUGCUCUUGGCUUUUGAAUGUCACCCAGGGGACCCCCAGUGAUGCAGAGCUAAACACGCAUACGCACGCGAACGCACCCAUCAGCACCUGUUGUGUCUGGGGGAUUAUCCCACCACCGGUGAUGCCGGAUGAUGUCACUGUGUUUGUGUGGGGCGGGGGAUGGGACAGCAGACAGAGAUGACGCUUGACAACACAAUGGUGACCCAGUGUCCGAGUGAUGAAUGGCAGUAUUGAUUGUGAUUAAUUAUGCUUUGUUUACUUUUAAAUAAAAAAACUCAAAUAUAAUGUGUUUUAUUACAGGCCGAAGCAGGCAGACUCAGUGAAAUAAGAAUAGAUUCAGUGCUGCUUUUUCGCUUAAUAAUUGCUGCCCUCUGGAUGUCAUCCAAACAUUGCAUAAACCCUACAUGACUGUAGCUGGUUCCACCCAUUUAGGGGAGAAAAAGGGUGGGAGUCUGUCGAAUGAAAACCGGGGGUGGCGGGGCUGUCCCGCUGUAUUAGCUGUAGGCAUGAGCUAAGCUUGGCCUGUAACUCCAGACUUCAGUGAGACUCUGGCUUGUGAACCUUGACGGGCAGCCGCUGGUGAAGCAGCUGUCUGGCACUUCGGCUGGGUGCCCAUUAACCAUGCCAGCUUGGGCCGUUUGAGGCUCUCUCUCUGGCGCAGCCUGCAUGCGAUGGGAGCGACUGCCAGCGUGAAGAAAUCGUGUCACUCCUCCUCCUCCAGCAGCUCGAACGAGCAAGCAUUCGGCUGUCCGGACACGGCGGACUCUGAGGAUAUGGCAGAGUUUAAGGUCCAGAUGGCGAAGCACCCCCACCAGUCUCCUCUGCGCCCGCCAAGCGAGCACUCCAAGGACCGGGCUCUGAAACGGCUGUCCUCCGAGUCCAACGGGACCAGCGAGGGCGGGGCGGGCUCCUCCACCCCCGUGGAGCUGACUGCGCUGGAGGAGUCCUUCCGUCGCUUCGCCAUCCAAGGGGACACGCGCGCUACCGGCAAGGAGAUGCACGGGAAAAACUGGUCCAAGCUGUGCAAGGACUGCGGCGUCAUCGACGGCAAGAGCAUCACGCUCACCGACGUCGACAUCGUCUUCUCCAAAGUCAAGAAGAAGUCCUGUCGCACCAUCACGUUUGACCAGUUUAAGGAGGCGCUGAUGGAGCUGGCCAUGAAACGCUUCAAGGAGAAGUCAGCUGAGGAUGCUGCGGAGGAGAUCUUCAAGAUGAUAGAAGGAAAGUCGCCGGUCAUAUUGGGGGUGACGAGAGCUGUGGCCUCCCCGACCGUGUCCCGGCUCACUGACACCACCAAGUUCACGGGUUCGCACAAGGAGCGCUUCGACCAGACGGGGCGGGGCAAGGGCAAGGCGGGCCGUGUGGAUAUGGUGGACACAUCCGGAUACGUCUCAGGGUAUAAGCACGCCGGCUCGUACGAGAAGAAGGUCAAGCCCGGCCCCAAGCAAAUGUGACAAAGCAGCGAGCGACCAGACCGCGACAGGCACCUGCCCAUGGUAUUAAUGUUCCACAAAAGCACAAAAACCGGACAGGACUGAAUUCACUCAUGUAUUUUUUUCAGUGAAAGAUCUGAGUGAGCUCAUUUUUCUGAAGUGUGAGAACUGGAAUACAGUUUACAGAUGCUGGGACGGAGACAGACAGCAUGGACUGCUUACAUUCCUCUCGAAAGGCACAUUUCCGGCAUGAUCUCAAACUGAUGGGGGAGAGAAACGAGACCCGAGGCUCAUAAACAGAUAAAAAGAAGCAAAUAACAUGGCAGCCAAAAAAAGCUUCACAAAGAUGACUAACUACUUCAGUGUUGCACUUUUAAAUUUAAUUUAUUUCUUCCUUCAUAAAACGGUGUUGCAGAUAUGCAUAAAUUGAAAUACUUUCAUUUAUUUAAUGAUGCCAACCAGCACUCUCUGCUUUCUCAGAUUUUUUUUUCCUUUGCCUAACAUUUAAGUUUCUGAUUAGUUAAGUGGACAUAUAUUUUGAACAAAUUUAACAGUUUGCCUUUAGAUUAAUGUAGUAUGUCAAAUAUAAAUUUUUUUCCUUAGAUAUUUCAUUCAAGGUUACAUUUUUGGUACAGUUAUCACCCAAUUUCAUUCAGCUCCUUAGGUUAUUCACUAACAUAACAACAGUCGUCUCAUAAAAAAUAUAUUUUUCUCUAAGCAGAAAGAUUGUAUGUAUUUUCUGUAAGUCAUAUAAAACUGAAAUCCUUUUAUCGCAGAUCCUGUUCUAUUCACCAUUAUAAUAAUAAGUUAUCAGUACUGUAUUUUAACUUCCGUAUCUUUUUUUUUCUGUUGAGGUGCAUGUCAGUUUUUAUUUUUGUAAUUAAUAUCACAAACAGUUCAUCAGGAGCGAGUCAUCACAGCUCCUGUAAAGGCUCCCUAAUCCACAAACCCUUGUAGUUAUCUGGGUUUUAAUCAAAACUGAUUUUCAAGUAAGUGGUUGGGAGUGAAAGAUAUUCGUGGUAUUUGUGCUGUUGUUCGCCGUAGCAUUGCUUACCCAGUUUAGGCCUGCUUUUGCUGUAGAUUUCUAUUAAAUUCCCAUUCCUAUUUGACAUUGUUUUAAAAGGCUUUGGUGUCUACGUUGCAUCCUCUUGCACUUGGCUAUAGCAUGUGGAGCCACCGUAUAUUCAGGAUGAAAAAGUUCUGCAGUUAAAAAUAAGAUCCUGAUGCUUGCAGGAAUAACACAGAGACCAGGUGGAAACUUCAAGUAUGGGCUCAGGUGUUUAUCUGCCCUAACUCUGUCUAAGUAGGUUGAAUUCUCGUCUUUGUGUUUCAUGAAACCAAUACAGCAAGACCAAUGUUUGGACACUGGGGGGCAGUAGGAUAACCACUAGUUAGAAUUCACUUAUAAUGGCUGCACUCAUGCCCAUAGGUACCAGGGUAAUACACAUCUUGACUUUGUGCCGUAAUAUAGGUCCUGCUGGGAUCUGGGAGGGAACAAAAACAUGGGCUGGCCGGUGGGGGGAUGGGUCCCUACCAAAACCUACCAAGACAUCAGGCAGAUACAGUGUCAUCACCAUGGUGUGUGUGUGUUUAUUUUUUUUAAAAAUAAAUAUAUAUAUAUAUAUAUAUAUAUAUAUAUAUAUAUAUAUAUAUAUAUAUAUAUAUAUAUAUAUAUAUAUAAAUAAAUAAACACACACAUACAUAAUGUGUGUGUAUAUAUAUAAUGCAAUGAAAUUGCAUCUUGAUUCCUGAGCAGCAGUGUAAAGUUUGUGCAUUUUAGAUUUCAUUGCAGUAAAUUGUCCUAUAGAUAUUUUUGUGAUGCUUAAUCUGGGCCCAGUCUCACCCUCAGUCGCUCUGAACAGUUUUACUUAGAGUAAAACUCAUCGCUUCCUUCCACCAGCAAUUAAAGGUGUAAAGACAUCAAAUCACACAAACUGGCAAAUCCGCUGCAUUCCACUUCGUUUUGAAUAAAGGAAGGUCUGGGCGGAAUAUGCAGCGCUCCUCAAACUCAUACCAGAUGUAUGUCUGCAGAACCUGACCUUCUAAACUUAUAAAAAGAAAUGAUCUGUGAACUACUUUGACGUAUUAAGCUAUUACACCAAGCUAUAAGCAUUUCUUUAACCUGUUGUGUAUCAUAGUGCCAUUGUAAUUACAUCAGGGUAAAUGUGACUUUUUAAGCACUGCCUAAGUCAAUUAUUUGCCAAGAAAUACAGUACAGUAGGAUAUACGAUUCACGCCUAUAUUUGGACUGUGAUACGUCUGGCAUACAGUUGCUGUAUGUCAUUAAUUAGCUUAUUUCCACUAUUAAUUUCAAAGUGUUAGAUUAUGUUUUGUGUGUUUAAUACCAAAAUAUUGUGCACCUUUUGUUUAGGAAGUGUAAUAAUGUCGUUGAUUUGAAAUCUGUGUUGGCCUGGUGCAUGCAAUGUGAUUUUCAACAUUGUUUCUUUCAAUAAAGGUAAAUCUUUAGUAUCUG